GAGAAAUCUGUUUGGUGCCAGCUUCAGUCUCACUGCUGGAACUCAUGAGAAGGCAGGGACAAGAUUGCAACAAGAAGUCUUGAAUCAUUUCCUGGAGACGCAGGAUGGUCCUCGGUGCUCUUUCCCUCACAAAUUGGACAUGGCUAGUGACACCUGAGCCCAUUAUUUGAUGAGGAUCUUUAAGAAGGUCAAAAUCUGUCCUAACUCUCUGUAUGUAAUGACACCUCUGAUGAUCUGAAUCCGGGUUUGAAUCCAGAACCUUCAGUACCACAACCCAAGCUUUUAACAGUUGAGCUAAAGGAGUAACUUCACUAACUGGUAGCAUUAGUAGGUUGUUUUCUUAUAUUGGACCAAAUGUUAGAGGGCAUUAAAGACACCCACUUUGCAAGUACAUUAUAUGACUUGAAAGUCCCCAGUUUCUAAUGUACAUACCAUUUCUAAUGCACAAUGUCUUUGCUUUGCAGAAUAUACAGAAUAUACUAACAAAUAAAUUUUUUAGUCUCUAAGGUGCCGCAAGUACUCCUGUUCUUUAUACAGAUCCAUCCAUUUGCAGGAUCAGUUAUGGGAGCCUGGUUCAUCUUUGACAUGGUUGGCUUAAUUUUAUUGGACAUGGUGGGGAUCCCAGGGAACCUAGUCAUCCUCUAUGCCUUCACCCACAUGUUAAUGUGCCAUGGAAAAGUCACGCCCUCUGAAAUUAUACUGAGCAACCUCGCGCUCUCCAACCUCCUGGUUAUCCUGACCCAGGGGAUCCCCAUCACCCUCAAAACCUUUAGGCUUCAGAACACGUACAAUGACCUGGUCUGCAAAAUUACCCUCCAUAUUUACUGUGUGGGCAGAGCCAUGACCAUCUGCAUCACCUCCCUGCUGGGCUGUUUCCAGUGUAUCCUCAUUGUCCCAUCUCCUUGCAAAUGGUUGCUCUUGAGAGAGAACCUGCUGAAAAAUCUCUCCUCAGUUAUGAUUUCCAUGUGGUGCUUCAACCUUUUUGUGUGCAGUACCCACCUGGCUUAUUCCUCCUCCCAGGCUGCUGCAAACUCCUCCAUCAUCAAAAGCCACACUGUGGUGUACAACUUCUGCUACAUGGUGUUCCCCAACCACCUUUUGUACUUCGGAAACGGGGCGGUGUCUGUCAUUCGGGACUUGUUCUUCCUGGGAGUCAUGACUCUUUCCAGCUGCUACCUUCUCUCCAUGUUUUAUCAGCACGGGAAGCAGGCAAAACAUCUGUUGGGGCUGCACACAAAGCACGCGGAGAUCCAGGCAGCCAAAGCCGUGGUGGCCCUGUUAAUCAUGUACCUUCUCUGUUUUGGGCUGGACAGCCUUUUCUGGAUCUCUACCCUCUGUAUGUAUCCUGUCUCACUGAGCCUCAUUGAUGCCCGGAUGUUCCUUGAUUCCUGCUACUCGGCCAUCAGCCCACUGCUGAUUAUCCUGACCAACAAGAAGGUACAGACAGGUUUGAAAUGUGCAACCAGGAGGAGACAGUUACCAGGUGCAGACAGCAUCUCAAAGUAUAUCCAAUAAGAAACAAAUGGGCCAGCAACUUUCAGGCUUAAGGCUUAUUCAGCUUU